AUGAGGCGAAUGUUGAGAGCUAGAUUUCUUCCUCCAAAUUAUGAGCAAUAUUUGUUCAUGAAGUACCAGAGAUGUGUGCAAGGGUUGAGGUCCGUCCAUGAUUACACGGCGGAAUUCUUAAGGUUAGCGGAGCAUAAUGCAUUAAACGAGUCAGAGAGCCAACAAGUUGCCCGGUAUAUGGAAGGUUUAAAGCCAACUAUUCGGGACAAGAUUGGCUUGCAGAUGCAAGGUCAAGGGAAUUCCGAUAAAUCAGCUGGCAAGAAGCUGGUGACAGAGACUGGAAUUUCAAGGAACCAAAAUUCUCAUGCCAAGCAAUUCACAGCAAAGUGCUUCAAGUGCAACCAGCCGGGUCAUCGAUCAAGUGAUUGUCCUUGGCGAAAGGCUAUAGCUCUGGUGGAGCAUGAGGAAGAUGUUGAAGAUGUGUUUUGCGAUCCUGAGGAAGAGGAAGAACACAACGGUGAGGAUGAUUAUGAGCAGACAUACAUGGUUCGGAAGUUGAUGCUCGCACCUAAGCAAGAAGACCAAUCCCAGAGAAACAAACUAUUUCGUACUAGGUGCAACAUUCAUUCAUGCACUUUCAACUUGAUUAUUGACAGCGGAAGUCAAGAGAAUAUCAUAGGAAGAGCUGUGGUCGAGAAGCUAGGGUUGCCAGUUGAGAAGCACCCAAAUCCUUAUUCGAUUGGCUGGAUAAAGUCAGUAGGUGAUAUCCGAGUGACCGAACGAUGCAAGGUUCCUUUCUUCAUUGGCAAAUAUCAAGAUGAGGUAUACUGCGACGUUGUGGAUAUGGAAGCUUGCCACCUAUUGUUUGGGAGACCUUGGCAGUAUAACACUGAUGUAAAACACCAUGGCAAAAAGCAUGUGUAUCAGCUCGUAAAGGAAGGGGUACGCUACACCCUAGUGCCCUUAUCAUUAAAACCUAAGCCCAAAGUUGUCCCAAAAGUGGAGGGUAAAGCGUUUUUGAUAGAGACUCAUUCGGAGCGGGAGAUUGAAGGUGAUUUUAAAGAGUCAAAGGAAAUGCAUGUGUUGAUUGUGAAGGAUUUACCAUUGGAGAAGCAAAUCAUGGAGGUGCUAAAGGAAGUGAAGCCCCUACUUGUUGAAUUUGAAGAGAUUAUUCAUGAGGAGUUGCCAGAUGGGUUGCCUCCAAUGAGAGAUAUACAGCACCAAAUCGACUUGAUACCUGGAGCAAGCUUACUUAAUUUGCCCCAUUAUUGCAUGAGUACACACGAGAGUGCUAUACUACAGGAGAAAGUAGAGGAACUGCUAGGAAAAGGUCAUAUUCGAGAGAGUCCGAGUUCUUGUGCCGUGCCCGCAUUAUUGACACCGAAGAAAGAUGGGAGCUGGUGUAUGUGUGUCGAUAGCAAGGCAAUCAACAAGAUUACGAUGAGAUACAAGUUUCCCUAUGCUGGAUCAAUUAUACGGGGCGAUGGUGUUCCCAAGAUUGACCUUCGGAGUGGGUACCACCAUAUUUGA